GUUGAAGUGCUUCUGUACUGAGGAAUGGGCUAAACAUCCUACGAGCGGUUGUGCAGGACUGAUCAACAGUUAUUAGAAACACUUACUGCUGUUACUGCUGCAAAAGAUAUGAGUAAAGCAGUGAUGCAAUAAACUAAAGAAAGCGGACAAUGUUGCCAGACCAUCUGCAUCAGUUUAUUCUUGGCAUAUUGAAAAAAAAAAGGAAUUCUGUGAUGUGCAUUCCACCCACUCUAAUUGGAAACAAAUUAGAAAUUAGACUCCUGACCAAUCAGCGCGGUCGGUGAGUGAGGGGUGUGAUGUGAUUGGCCGGCUCAGAAGCCCGCACCACUCAGAGCUGCACUGUUCGCCGGAGUGAAGCGAGCUUUCCUGCGGACACCGGAGGCGUCUCUCCCCGCCCGUGCAUCAGGUUCCGCGGCUGCAUACUAACCAGUGCUCAGCAUGACCACCGCGGCGCACACACAGGAGCUGUUCCGUCGCGCGGACGCCGUCUGCUUCGACGUGGACAGCACCGUGAUCCGCGAGGAGGGCAUCGACGAGCUCGCCAAGUUCUGCGGCGUCGGGGACGCGGUCACGGAGAUGACCCGGAAGGCCAUGGGCGGCUCGGUCUCAUUCCAGACAGCCCUGAGUGAGCGUCUGUCCAUCAUCAAGUGCUCGAGGGAGCAGGUCAACAAGCUGAUCACUGACCACCCGCCCCAGCUGACCCCAGGGGUCAAGGAGCUGGUGGAGAAGCUUCAUCAGCGCGGCGUCCAGGUGUUCCUCAUCUCCGGAGGCUUCCGCUGCAUCGUGGAGCACGUGGCCUCGCAGCUCAGCAUCCCUCUCCAUCACGUCUACGCUAACCGCCUCAAGUUCUUCUUCAACGGGGAGUACGCCGGCUUCGACGAGUCCCAGCCCACAGCUCAGUCCGGAGGGAAGGGGCGGGUCAUCAGCAUGCUGAAGGAGGAGUACGGCUUCAGGAACGUGGUGAUGGUUGGAGACGGAGCCACGGAUCUGGAGGCCUGUCCUCCUGCGAGUGCUUUCAUAGGCUUCGGGGGGAACGUGGUGCGUCCGCAGGUGAAGGAGAAGGCCUCGUGGUACGUCACCAGCUUCGGAGAGCUGCUCAAGGAGCUGGAGAAGAUCUAGAGAGCAGAGAUCUAAAAUCAUGCACUAGCUUUGUGCCUUUCCUAGUUUUACCUAACGCACAAUUUUUAAUGAUCAGAUGUUUUUAGAGUUUAUUGAAAGGAUUGUUUAUAUAGAAGAUGAUGCGCACCAGCCGAGGUCCGGUGUACUGUACAGUUAGUGUUUUAACUGAUGAAACUGGACUAAUGUUUAACACUAUAUCAUGUCUUCAUCAUGUGACUGUCUACUUCACUAAGUGUAUUUGAAGAGAGAAUAAACAGAAGUAACAGCU